CAUAACGAGAGGAUCGGGCGUGUCCUUGUCCCGCGUCUUUGAGAUUGCCCCAUUGGCAGCCGUUGGCGGACUUCAGGCAAUUUGCCGAGCGGCCUUGCACAUUGAGUAGAGGUGGCUGCUCGCGUUCCCCAUCCUGGUUCCGAAAUGCGGUGUUCUGUUCUUGUAGUCGUGGGUCCCCCAUGGCACACAGACCAGCACGCCACUCGUACUGGGAUGCCCUCUGUUGGCUGCGCCGGGCCGGGUCGUACUUGCCUGGCGGGCAGGGCGCCCGUAGCCCCUCUGGCUCGGAGCCGUGCAGCCUCUGCGAGGCCCCUCCCCGCGCCGCCAGCCAGCGGGUCCGAGAGGCGCAGGGUGGCCCCCCGCCUGCCGGCAGGGCCCCCGGCCGGCAGGGCGGGCCGCGCAUGGCCGCCCGGCAGCUGACCUUCCGGCAGGAGUCGGACAUGCGCUGGGCCUUCCGGAUCGUGGCUGGGCAGCCCGGGGCCAGGGCGCUGGACCGCGACGAGGCCCGGGCGUGGUUCCGCUGCCUGGGCUUCGCCGCCCCGGCCUCGGAGCUGGACGCGCUCCUGGACGGGCCGGCGCCCGGCCUGCGGCCGCGCCCCGGGGCGCCCGCCGCGCCCGCGGCGCCCCCCGGGGGCCGCGGGUGGGGCCUCGCCGAGCUGAGGGAGCUGCACGCCCAGGCCCUGCAGGCCUACGGCGAGGGGAAGUGCGACCUGGAGGGGCUGGCCGACGCCCUGGACGAGGCCUGUGACGCCGCGGGCCGGCCGAGCCUCGGCGCGCUCCGCGAGGUGGCCCUGCAGAGGGCGCCGGCGGGCGCCAGGCUCGACCCCGAGCUGUGCGAGGAUCAUGAUCAGAGGCGACGAUAGGGGCGAAUAGCCCAGGGUGAGCAACACAUAUAUCCAGGGGUGCCGAUGAUCCAUGUCUUCGACAAGGCUCCCAGGCGAAUGCGUGUAAUGCCCGCCCAUGGGCUAUUCGCCCCUAUCGUCGCCGCCGACAUGAGCGCUGGCAACUCGCACCCAUACCCAAGCGGCCCAGGGCGUGGACGGCUCUGUGCUUCCCGGGGGGCAAAAAGCGGCAUACAUACAGUCAAGACGCUGAAAUAAGGUUAAGUCG